GGGGGGGGGGUGGCUAGAGGAAGUUGCAUCCUGAGCAGUGGCUCAGUUCUGUGGUAAGUGUAACAUGUGAGCAUUACUAGGCAUUUUAUCCUGCGGGUCUGCAGUCUGCUCUUCAGACUAGGCUCAGUCAGAAUGCUGCUGUGGGGCUGAUUUUUCAGGUCCUGUGCUUGAUUUUUCGUCUUUCUUUUUAACGAUCAGUUCAUUCAAGGGGUUUGUGGCUUUUCCAAGAUCAUCUACUGAACACAGAAAUAUCUGAAACCUACUAAAGAGGCUAGCACUAGAAGGAAACUGGAUUGGCAUCGACCCAGAUGUUUGAAUAGUACUCGGAAAGAAGAUGCACGGAGGGUUUUUUUUCCCCUGAAGAAGGACUACAUAAUGGAAGCUGGAUUCAUGCGGAGAUCAAAGGAAACACUCAAGUGAUAAACUACUUUGUGGAGGAAAAGGCUGAAGCUGUGAUUUGAACAGUAAUUUGAGCUUCAUAGAUACCUUCUUCGGACCGUUCAGAAUUUUAAAAAAUUGGGGGGGUGGCUAAUACCAUUCUUGUUGUGGGUUGUUUGCUAGAGCAGCCACAGCCAACUGCUGCUGGAUGGAGGAGGAAUGAAGGCUCUGCAUUGCCUGUGCUAUUGAUGUAAAUAGAGCUAUCUGCAUUUUUGUCAUUUGGGAAAUCUCGAUUAAACAGGCUAGAUUCGAAUACCAAGAAUCUUAUUGUCCCUCGUGGUCUUGACUCAUCUAGUGUAAACAUACUGCAUCUUUGCUGUUGAUUCAGAAGAGUGGGCUUAUUUUUUAAACAUAGAAGGAAUUGUCAACCUCUGAGCUCCAUGUUCUGAAUUUGUGCUGAGAACAGAUGAAUUUUUUUCUGGAGGAUAUCAGCAUUAAGACCAGUGAAACUCAAGAAAUGAAGACUUGACGAGGAAGAAAUAGUGAGAUUUAAAAAUUUUGUUUUCAGCUCAAAGAAAGCCAGCUAUACAUAACUAAAUUGACCUUGCCCGAAUUGGGGAUAGCUGGGAUCUACUCUGUCACUGCAGUUGCUUCUCCUUUCAGUCACUACAAAGUGGUGUCAUGUCACCCCAAACAAUGACUUCUCUGUGCUAACAAAAUUCUACUGUGAAGAGAAGUGAUACUAAAGAGGCAUAAUUUUUUAGAGGGCAAUUUUUCAAAUGAAUUUAUAUUAUGCCUGGGAUUAGUUUACAAAGGUUUUGUUUUGCUUUUUGCUAAUAAUUUAUAUAGUAAAGAACUGGUGACUUUGAACAGAAUAAUAGGACUUGGCAAUUUUAGAGAUGUUUCAAAGCUGUGGCGGUCAAUUACCACUGGAAAAACUGAAGUUUAAAUUUAACUUUUAAAUGCCAGCUGUAGUACACAGAAUGUUCGCAAGUGUGUACAGAAGAGGAAGACACACUACUUGUACUAUACCAACUGUAACUUUUGCUAUAUAGUUUGAAAUAUAGUGUUUUAAACGAAUGAGUCGGGUGUGUAUUGUUGUUUUGGAGGAGAUAGAAGAUGAAUCUCCACAAUUUGUUUCUAAAUUGCCUCAGGAAAAUAAGUUCCUCCCAUCUCCAGCUUCUGGAAAUGUAUUGCCAUCACUGGUUCAAGCUAUAUUUAAUGGAGAUCCUGAUGAAGUUCGAGCACUAAUAUUUAAGAAAGAAGAUGUUAACUUUCAGGACAAUGAAAAGAGGACACCAUUACAUGCUGCUGCUUAUCUGGGAGAUGCAGAGAUUAUUGAACUACUUAUUUUAUCUGGAGCUAGAGUUAAUGCCAAAGACAGCAAAUGGUUGACUCCUUUACACAGAGCAGUUGCAUCUUGUAGUGAGGAAGCUGUCCAGGUAUUGUUGAAGCAUUCCGCAGAUGUUAAUGCUCGUGACAAAAAUUGGCAAACUCCUUUACACAUAGCUGCUGCAAACAAAGCUGUCCAAUGUGCUGAAGCUUUGGUUCCCCUCCUAAGUAAUGUCAAUGUAUCUGAUCGAGCUGGCAGGACUGCUUUACAUCAUGCAGCAUUCAGCGGGCACGUUGAGAUGGUCAAUCUGCUAUUGUCCAGAGGUGCCAAUAUUAAUGCAUUUGACAAGAAGGACAGACGUGCUAUUCACUGGGCAGCAUAUAUGGGUCACAUUGAAGUUGUGAAAUUGCUUGUCGCUCAUGGAGCUGAAGUCACAUGUAAGGAUAAGAAAUCUUACACACCUCUUCAUGCUGCUGCUUCUAGCGGAAUGAUCAGUGUCGUGAAGUAUCUUCUAGAUCUCGGUGUUGAUAUGAAUGAACCGAAUGCCUAUGGAAACACACCUCUUCACGUAGCCUGCUAUAAUGGACAAGAUGUGGUUGUGAAUGAGCUCAUAGACUGCGGUGCUCACGUCAAUCAAACGAACGAGAAAGGAUUUACGCCUUUACACUUUGCUGCAGCAUCUACGCAUGGUGCCCUGUGUUUGGAACUCCUAGUUGGGAAUGGGGCUGAUGUGAAUAUGAAGAGUAAAGAUGGGAAGACACCAUUGCACAUGACAGCAAUCCAUGGCAGAUUCUCAAGAUCACAAACCAUUAUCCAGAGUGGAGCAGAAAUAGACUGUAAAGAUAAGAAUGGAAAUACUCCUUUGCACAUAGCAGCUCGAUAUGGCCAUGAGCUACUUAUCAACACUCUCAUUACAAGUGGUGCUGACACAGCAAAGCGGGGCAUACAUGGAAUGUUCCCUCUCCAUUUGGCAGCAUUAAGUGGUUUUUCAGAUUGCUGUAGGAAACUUCUUUCUUCAGGAUUUGACAUAGAUACUCCAGAUGAUUUUGGCAGGACUUGUCUUCAUGCUGCUGCAGCUGGAGGUAAUUUGGAGUGCCUAAAUCUUCUACUUAAUACUGGCUCAGACUUCAACAAAAAGGACAAAUUUGGGAGAACGCCCCUCCACUACGCUGCAGCUAACUGUAAUUACCAGUGCCUGUUUGCUCUCGUGGGGUCAGGAGCCAGUGUGAAUGACCUGGACGAGAGAGGCUGUACGCCCCUGCACUAUGCAGCCACCUCAGAUACCGAUGGCAAGUGCCUGGAAUACUUACUGAGAAAUGAUGCAAAUCCAGGAAUCCGUGACAAGCAAGGAUACAAUGCAGUUCAUUAUUCUGCUGCUUAUGGUCACCGUCUAUGUCUUGAACUGAUUGCCAGUGAAACUCCCUUAGAUGUUUUAAUGGAAACCUCGGGUACAGAUAUGUUAAAUGAUUCAGAUAACAGAGCACCAAUAAGCCCUUUGCACUUAGCUGCCUAUCAUGGUCACCACCAAGCAUUAGAAGUGUUGGUACAAUCUUUGUUAGAUCUUGAUGUGCGGAACAACAAUGGAAGGACACCCUUGGACCUCGCAGCCUUUAAAGGCCAUGUGGAAUGUGUGGACGUGCUCAUUAAUCAGGGAGCCUCAAUCUUAGUCAAGGAUUAUGUGGUAAAGAGGACACCUAUCCACGCUGCAGCCACAAAUGGUCAUUCAGAGUGUUUACGGUUAUUAAUAGGGAAUGCAGAGCCACAGAAUGCAGUGGACAUUCAAGAUGGAAACGGACAGACUCCCCUGAUGCUGUCUGUUCUGAAUGGACACACAGACUGUGUUUACUCACUACUGAACAAAGGAGCAAAUGUAGAUGCCAAAGAUAAGUGGGGAAGAACAGCAUUGCAUAGAGGGGCAGUUACAGGCCAUGAAGAAUGUGUAGAUGCAUUGCUUCAACAUGGUGCCAAGUGUUUACUGCGGGACAGUAGGGGUCGGACACCCAUCCACUUGUCAGCAGCCUGUGGGCAUAUUGGUGUUCUUGGAGCACUGUUACAGGCAGCAGCAUCUGCAGAUGCCAUUCCCGCAAUAGCAGACAAUCAUGGCUAUACGUCACUUCACUGGGCCUGCUACAAUGGACAUGAGACGUGUGUCGAACUUCUCUUGGAACAGGAAGUCUUCCAGAAAAUGGAAGGAAAUACUUUCAGCCCAUUACAUUGUGCUGUGAUAAAUGACAAUGAAAGUGCUGCUGAAAUGUUAAUUGAUACAUUGGGCACUGGUAUUGUAAAUUCAACGGAUACAAAAGGAAGAACUCCUCUUCAUGCAGCUGCCUUCACAGAUCAUGUAGAGUGUUUACAGCUGCUCCUCAGCCAUAAUGCUCAAGUGAAUUCUGUAGAUUCUUCUGGGAAAACACCUCUAAUGAUGGCUGCAGAAAAUGGACAAACAAAUACUGUUGAGAUGCUAGUUAGCAGUGCUAACGCAGACCUGACACUACAAGAUAACAGUAAAAACACAGCACUCCAUUUGGCAUGCAGUAAGGGACAUGAAACUAGUGCCUUGUUAAUCCUGGAGAAGAUAACAGAUAGAAACCUCAUCAAUGCAACCAAUGCAGCUUUGCAAACACCCUUACAUGUUGCUGCCAGAAAUGGACUCACAGUCGUAGUACAAGAACUUUUGGGGAAAGGAGCAAGUGUGCUUGCUGUAGAUGAAAAUGGGUAUACCCCAGCUUUGGCCUGUGCUCCCAAUAAGGAUGUGGCUGAUUGUCUAGCCCUCAUUCUGGCCACCAUGAUGCCUAUUUCAUCAAGUAGCACAAUACCGUCCCUAACGUUCAGUGCCAUUAAUCAUUACACUAGCACCUCAAAGACUGUCACCUUUGACCCCUUGCCAAUCAUGCGCAGUGAGCAUAGCACUUACUGCAGUUUCAACAAUAUUGGCAGGGAAGAUGGCUACCCUUACACAGAAGAGGAUGAACUCAAUGAUUCUGAUUCAGAGACUUACUGAAUGGCUUCUGUGCUUGCGUGAAGAUUGUCCAGUCCUGGAAAGAGCACUCAGUGUUCAUAUACAAAAUCAGCCUCAAGGAAAAGGGCUCAUGGUGGAUGGUCUACAUGCUGACCAGUAGAGGAAGAUUUUUAAACCCCAGCUUUGCAAAAGGAGCUACUAGAGAAAGCCUUGAAGUGGACUUGAAAUUCAAAGCUAAAAGUAACAUCAAAACAACUUGGUUUAAUUUGGUUUUGAGGUGCAAGGUAUAAUUUUGGGACACUGUACACGUUCGUCUGUGUAGACAAGCAACACUAUUGUACAAGGAAAAAGAACACUACAUUUAAAAUCCUAUCAAUAAAACUAAUUAAAUCUGAAGGCAAUAAAAGUUUGGUACAGUAGGCAUUGUUGCACAGCAAAUUGCCAAAGGACCAAAUAACGUAAAGGUUUUUUAAUCUAAUAACUUUUUGUGGAAACUGGAAUAGUUUAAUUGAAAACUUAUCUAAACCAAACUUUAAUAUUUCUAAAAAUGAAAUUCAGAUUUGGUUUUAAAGUUUUGUUUUUUUUUUAAUAAGCAAAAAUCUGAAAGCCUUCUGACACUGUAUUUAAAUGUAUAAUGAGAUAAAGCAGAUGUAUUUUUAAGUUUUGUUUUUUCUUUUAGAUAAAAUUUUAAAGAAAAAUUGUCAUACUUUUAUAAUGUUAAAAUUGAAAACCAGCUAACUGAUGCAGUCAGGGUGAUACAUGUACAGUGUAAAAAAAACAAAAUGGGGGGUAUAAGACAAUUAUUGUUGCACAGUUUUAGAUGGUUAAGCUUAGGAUUUUUUUUUAAAUUGAGCUAUUGUUAUUUAAAAUAUGCUGAAAAGACUUUAUGGGGACAGUGAAACUUAAUGCAAAUUGGAAGGUCGUUUCAUGACACCCUGUUGCACCUGUCUGUCUGGUCCUGGGAAAUGAAUUUUUUUUUUCCAGCAACUCAUCCACUUUUUUAUAACAUGUACAUUGGUUACUGAAAGUAUUUUCAUGCCUCCUCAUUGCAUUUAUUUUGCAUUAUUUAAAUCCUGGAGUAUGAUUAAAAAACAAUAAUAAUCAAAAAAAGAAUAUUCCCUAUUCUUCGAAGGUAUAAUGUCAGGUUCUUUGGGAGAAUUAUUUGUUGUACAACUUUUUAAAAAAUAUGAACACAAACACAUGGAUCCUGUUUGGACAUGUUUUGUUUUGUUUUUUCUAACACGCUCUUUUGAGGGGGACAAGGAAGAAGAGUGGAAGAGGGUUUCACAACUUCUAAAAGCAAACUGAGACUUGAGCUGUUUAGGAAGGUAACUACUUUAUUUGGUUCUGUUUUCACCGUUACUUUUCAAGUGAAAUUGCUCAAAAGACAUACAAAGCCAUCUUGUGUGUCCAGAGAAAGUACAAUAAGUUGCAGCAAAUUGAUUCCCAAUUUCAUUUUGUCCUUUUUUUAUUGUGAAACUGGAAACCUUAAUGACAUUGUAAAUUAUCAGCUGGUUUUCUGAACAUAAAGUGUGAAAACACAGAACAGUAUUUUGAUCUAUUUGAUAAUUUUGUGGGGUUUUUGAAGAAUUAAUGAGCAUGUACAUAGAAAUAGUGACUGCUUGAAUACUGUAUUUACUUGCACUCUUUCAGUACAUCAAGAUUCCUGUAUAUUUUACGGAGUAUAAUAAAACCCAGAUGUGAGUUGUAUUUAA